CAAGCGGAAGCCUCCGACCCAUAACAACAAACAACAAUAUGAGGUUUCCGGUUGGAGCUAGGCCAUGCACUUUACCUUCUGCUUCAACACACCUGGAGCUCACUCUUCACUCUCCUACUUCCCAUGUGUCUCGAAGAUUGCUCACUACCAAAUUUUCGAUGCUCAAAUUAUCGCAGCCUAUCAACAGCCACAACUCGCUCCAUGUGCGUUGCUCUCUCACCACUACUUCCAAGAAACUUGGCAGGAAAUGGAUGGAAUAUCAAGGAAUCAACAACUGGGAGGGCUUGCUUGACCCUCUUGAUGAUACUCUCAGAAGUGAGAUUUUACGAUACGGGCAAUUUGUUGAUGCAGCCUAUCGGUCCUUUGACUUUGAUCCUUCUUCUUCUACUUAUGCCACAUCUAAAUUCUCUAGAAACUCGCUUUUUGCCAGGACUGGAAUAAGCGAAACUGGCUAUCGCAUGACCAAGGAUCUCCGUGCCACUUCUGGCCUACGAUUGCCACUUUGGAUUGAUAAAGCACCGAGCUGGAUGUCCACCCAAUCCAGCUGGAUUGGCUUCGUUGCCGUUUGCCAGGACAAAAACGAGAUUGCUAGACUAGGCCGCCGUGAUGUCGUUAUUGCUUACAGGGGCACCGCUACUUGCUUGGAGUGGCUUGAAAAUUUACGCGCCACGCUAACUUGUCUACCACACCGUGAAGGAAAUGUGGGACGUAGCAGCAAUGGGCCAAUGGUGGAGAGCGGAUUUUUGAGCCUCUACACAUCGAGUACUUCCACAGUUCCUAGUUUACAAAGGAGUGUGAAGGAGGAGGUUGCGAGGGUCCUGGAAAGGUACGGUGAUGAGCCACUGAGUUUCACGAUAACCGGACACAGUCUGGGUGCUGCACUAGCUAUACUAACGGCUUACGAUAUAAAGUCGAGCUUUGAAAAUGCAGCGACGGUAACCGCAAUUUCGUUUGGUGGGCCACGCGUAGGUAACAGAAGCUUCAGAUGCCAGCUGGAAAAUGGUGGGACGAAGAUACUGCGGAUAGUGAACUCCGAUGAUAUCAUCACAAAAGUACCAGGAUUUGUGAUUGACAACAAUGACAUGGCAGGAAAUCAGACAAUCCAGAUGUCAGGAUUGCCAAGCUGGGUGCAGAAGAGUGUAGAGAAUACGCAGUGGGUGUAUGCUGAGGUGGGACGAGAGCUGCGACUAAGCAGCAAGAAAUCACCGUAUCUGAGAAAAAAGGAUGUUGCCACGUGUCACGAGCUGAGCACGUAUCUGCAUUUAGUUAACGGGUUUGUGAGCUCCACGUGUCCAUUUAGAGCGACGGCAAAGAAGAUGCUCAGUAAGCACCACAAAGAAAAGUUAGGAUUCAGAUGAUGGUUUUGCUCAAGAGAAGAAAUGCACAGAAAAAUGUAUAAU